CAAACCGGACCUUUGUGUUCAGACCGAAUCAAUCUGCAUUGGAGAAUUAUGGCUGAGGGGAAGUCAACGGAACAAAAGUAUAAAAACUAAAAUGUCAAAUAAAAGAGACCCAAUUUUCCAUCUUAAACGACGAAGCUCCUGAAACCCUAAUUUCAAAUACCAAUUCCGAUCUAAGAAGUCAUGGAAGCCAUUGAUUCCGCAAUCGAUCCUCUCAGAGAUUUCGCUAAGAGCAGUGUUCGUCUCGUACAGCGCUGUCACAAACCCGAUCGCAAAGAAUUCACCAAAGUUGCUGUGCGUACGGCGAUUGGAUUUGUGGUGAUGGGAUUUGUUGGCUUCUUUGUGAAGCUCGUAUUCAUCCCAAUCAACAACAUCAUCGUUGGUUCUGCUUAGUGUACUUUCUUUACGAGGUAAUUAAUGCGCCGAGGAGUAGGAGAAGAAGAACUCGACAUUAUAUCAGUCUUUGGGGAAGCUCCUUUGCUUUGCUAUGUUUUUGUAGCCAAAUUCUCUGUUCUUUAUUCGUUUUUCGCCUAUAUAUUUUACUCUCUUAUUCCUUAUAGACUCUAUAUAUUUUCAUCAUUUUUUUUUAAUGUAUACAAAUUAUAUUGUUUAUCAA